AACUUUUUUCAGGGGAUAGAAUGAAACUGUUGACUCCUGGCUGUUGCAACGGUUUCUUGGAAUCUCUGUCCUACAGUCCUCUUAGAAUUGUGGUUUAUGAAUCAUUUAUAAAAAACAUUAAAAAUCAUUUUGUAAAAUUGUUAGCGUAUUGUUAUAAACAGCCCAUUUAUGAUAAGUGGGCUGUUUAUUUAAAAUUAUGUGAUAAGUUUUUAUACGUGCAUUCAGAUAAGUAUUCAUAAUAUCUAUAUUUACAGAAGUUUGUACAACUUUGAACUGUGCUAUUGUACCUGCAGUCUUGCACAAGUAGUACGGUGUGAAGUCUCAUACUAGCGAAGUCUUUUGUACCAGUGGUAAAUUAUUAAAUAUUAAUCUAUUAUUAGUAGUACCAUAUACUUAUUAAUACUGCUUCGUUUUAAGUGAAAAAAGCGUUCAGUUCAGGUCUAAGUACACAACUACACAUGUUCAAGAGGAUCAGUUCAAGCUUCUAAUAGAAGCUUUGAGCAACUGCUCCACUUAACCAUAGCCAUACACUUAACCAUACUAUAUGGUUAAGUGCGAGCGUAUGGUAAGUGUGAAUACCAUACAAACGUGUCGUAUGGUGAUGGACUUUCAAAGGCUCCCCUUAACACCUGCCCAAUUUAACUCCCCCAGAUAUACACUUUUUGAAUAGAGAAAACAAUUUUGAAUGUAAAUGUAAUUUUUUGGAAGAGAUCGUUUCACGCAGUGCGAGAAAACAAAUUAAAUCUGAAGGGACCCAGAGUCAGCUAUGCGCCUUCGCUGAGUACUUUGUACACUGCUACCUCGAUGGCGGUCGUCCAACUACACGAUAAGGGAUGGUUAAGUGCAAAGGGUAUUAUGGCCACCUCCACGCCUUUCGCGCCCAGUCAGCGUUACAAACCGCACGCUGACCUUUUACGGCACGAAACAUUGUCCCCGCAUCCGGUGAAAAACCGGAUAGCCGAGAAAAUCAGUGAGAAACAACUACAUAGCCCGAAAAUCGCCAAAGUGAUGGAAGAAAACAACAGUCUGGUUGCUGGAUUGACCGCGGAGCUGGAAGCGCGUACGGAUCGAAUGAAUGCGUACUCAAACGCUAAUAGAACGCUGAAUCAAGAAUUACAGCAGUGCGAGCUGGAGUUAGAAAACUGUCGACAGGAACUGAAUGAGGCCAAAUCCUUAUUAAAAGCUAACCGAGAAGCUUUGGAUGCGCUCAAAACCGAAAAACAUGAGCUGCUCAAAGAAAAUUUCCGUAAAGAAGAGACCAUCAAACAGCUCAACGAGCAGGUUCUUGAUAUGACAUCCUGGCGUACGGUAGAGCAGCUGAAGAAGAAACAGGAGGAAGUUGUUCUACAGCUAAAAGAACUGCAUGAUAAGGAGAUGUCCAAACUGCACGAGGGAAUGUCCGAGAAGAACGACCAGUUACAGCGCGCACUGGAUUCCGCUAAGAAUGAAGCGGAACUUUUGCAUAUUAAACUCAAAGAGUCAGAAUCACGGCGGGAAGCGAUGAAGGAGCAGGUUGUUGCAAUGGAGAGCGAACGGAAAACCGAACUAGAGACAAAAUCUUUACUUAAAGCUAACCGCGCUGAUUUUGACGCUCUCGUUACGGAGAAACUAGACUUACUAAAAGAAAACUUCCGCAAAGAAGAAAUCAUCAAGCAGCUGAACGAACAACUCCGUGAUAUGACAUCUUUAAGCACAGUGGAACAGUUAAAGAGGAAACACGACGAAAUCGUGUCCCAAAUGAGAGAGCAGCAUGCUAAGGAAAUGUCGAAAGUGCAUGAAACAAUGUCGGAGAAGAACAGCCAUUUAGAACGCGCGCUGGAAAAAAACAAUCAGUUAGAACGCGCAUUGGACAAGACCACCCAAUUAGAACGUGCACUGGACUCGGCUAGGAAUGAAGCAGAACUUCUGCAUACGAAAUUAAAGGAGUCAGAGUCACGACGGGAAGCAUUGAAAGAGCAGGUUGUUCAGUUGGAAAGUGAACGAAAAAACGAAUCGGAGAUAAAGGCAAUGAAAACUAGCCGACCUGAACUGGAUGCGUUGAAAACGGAGAAGCAUGGCGUAAAGCUGAUGGAGAGUCAACUGAAGCAGAAGGAAGAUGAAAUCAAACUGGAAAGAAACAGAAUAAAAGAAAUGAGGGAAACUCAGGAUCGAUUGCUGUCACAGAUGCGCAAGGCAUCGGAUGAAAACGCUGAUUUACGUGAAGAGCACAGACGUCUCAACUCGGAGAUAUACGGCAUGAAGAAAGUACUCAAGAAACUCAAAAAGUACAUCAGCGGCAAUCCUAGUCCCAGCGGAGACUCGGGAAUCUCUGGUGAGAAUAAAAACGAUAUCGCGGCGAAAUUGGCCAGUAUGCCGGCUGGUGAUGGCAUAACACGGGAUGCGAAUUACGUCAACAUCAAGGAGUUAAUAUCCCUGAGAGACAACGUUGUCCGCAUCAUUGACGAGUAUCGCAGUGAGCUGGAGCACAAGUAUCAGCAGCAGCUGGAGACCGAUCGCAAGAAGAUCAUUAGCCAGAUUGAUGGGAUUUACACGCGCAAACUGCAACAAGUCUUGCUCAAAAUGAAAACGACCACGCCACCCCAGGGAAUGGGAACGAAAUAAUGGCGACGCUGGUAUGUCGCUGGCAGUGACGUUGUUUCUCGAUUGGCCAGAUAUUGGCGUUUGAUGUCUUUUAUUGUUUCCAGUUUUUCUCAAAGAGGUUCAACUUUUAGAAAUCUCCUGUAUAUACGUCCGACAUUCUUAAUUCUUUAAAGUAUUCCUACAGUUGAAUCAGUUCCUAGGAAACAUUCCUGUUUUAUUAUGUUCAAAACUUCAGAUUUAACUCGUGCCUUUGAAACACAGACGGCAAUGAAAAUUCUCUUGCUCAACCUUCGUUACGAUUCGAGAAAAGGCA